UACAUAAAUAUAUACAUAAGGCAUGAAAGAGGCUCUACACACACUGAUCUUGCGAAGUGGAACUGUUUUUGACACCAACGGAAGCUCUUUUUUUGGUACAGAUAUCAGCAAUAAAUGCACUAAAAAUGCAUGCAUUGAGUAUACAACAGAGACUCACUUCAUCCAAUAUUCCGCCAGCCAACCAGUCGACCGUGGCAGCCCUUGCCCAGGUUGAGAGAGAGAAGAUCUUUCAAUGGAUCAUCGAGCUCGCCGGGCCAGAGACCAGAGAAAAUGCCCUGCUUGAACUGAGCAAAAAGCGAGAGACUGUGCAAGACUUAGCUCCCAUGCUGUGGAACUCCUUUGGAACAGUGGCAGCUCUGCUGCAAGAAAUCGUCAACAUUUAUCCAUACAUCAACCCUCCAGCUCUAACAGCCCAUCAAUCUAACCGUGUGUGCAAUGCCUUGGCCCUGCUACAGUGUGUGGCCUCCCACCCAGAAACGAGAUCAGCGUUUUUACAAGCUCAUAUCCCACUGUUCCUGUACCCAUUCCUCCACACGGUCAGCAAGACAAGACCGUUUGAGUACCUGAGACUGACCAGCCUUGGGGUCAUCGGCGCGUUGGUCAAGACUGAUGAGCCCGAGGUCAUCAAUUUCCUCCUGACGACAGAGAUCAUUCCUCUGUGCUUGAGAAUCAUGGAGAGCGGAAGCGAACUUUCCAAAACUGUAGCGACGUUCAUCUUACAGAAGAUUCUUCUGGAUGAGACCGGCCUGUCGUACAUCUGUCAAACCUAUGAGAGAUUUUCACACGUAGCUAUGAUACUGUGCAAAAUGGUGAUGACUUUGGCCAAGGAGCCCUCGGCCAGGCUAUUGAAGCACGUGGUACGUUGCUAUCUCAGGCUCUCUGACAAUGCCAGAGCAAGAGAAGCCCUUCGCAAGUGCCUGCCAGACCAACUCAAAGACAACACUUUUGCCCCAGUCCUGAAAGACGACACGUCGACCAAACGGUGGCUCGCUCAGCUCAUUAAGAACCUGACCGAUACCGGGGUACCAGACCCGCGUGGUAUACCCCUCCCACCCCAGUAGGCUCAGAGGUACACAGAUAAAGACCCGUAAGCCAGUAGCCAUUUUGGAUUGCUCGUGUACAAGUCUAUGAGGCUCAGAGUGAGGCUAAGGGUGCAGAGUAGUCUGGUGCCUUGGAUGUGACUACAUACCGAGUCAUCCCAUUGACUUUGGGAAUGAGACUGUAAUGGCUGCUUUGUGAAAGGAGUCAUUGUUACUCGUAGAGGCCGUCGGAUGACACUUGAUGAUUUUGUUCCUGUAGGCAUGGAAAACUGUUUUAUGUAUUGCGUUCGUCAUCUUGCUGAAACAAUCGUGAACGUGCAGGGCACAUGUGCUCACAGCCCAACUGUUUCUCACGUGCAAGCUGUAUUUUGCGUCUGAUGUCAAAAACGUGAAAUACAAGCUCGUUUAUGCAUCUGAUGUCUCGAAACGUUAAAAUUCUGAAAACAGAACGCUGUGGCUUUCAGUACCUGGCACUGGAGGUAGGAAGCUACGUUUCUUUUGUGGCAUUUUCCACAGUGAAUUCUUUUCCGACCUGGAAAAAAUGUUGUAAGUGCUAUUGUAUAAUAUAUCAUAUAAGCGUACGGUAAUGUCGUUUGGAUUCAAGAGGACAAUUUUGGGUGAAAUUUUCUACCUGCUGGUUCGAUGAAAUGUGACUUUGGAUUGUCACUAGUUGGGCUAAACUUGUAUUAAAAGAACCAGCUGAUAUGCUGUUCUUGCAGGUGAAGUUUUUUUUUUAAUUCAAGUGCAGUUUUAGGCAAACAAGGAAAGCCAUUGCCUACUUAAAGGAGAUUUUAAAGUAUAUUGUAAAUAACUUGUAAAUAUCUUUGUGAAAUAACCUUUGCAACAGAAAUGCCAGUUUUUCAGUGUCACUUUCAAAAAUGUCCCGAAUGGUGCGGUUUACUUCAUUUUGUACCAAUCCAAAAAAAAGAAGUCAAUUUAAAUGGGAGAACAAAAUAUGGCCGUCACAAAAAUUGAAGUAACAUAAAAGUAUGUGACUUUUAGUCUUAAUAAAUCCUUUAUAUGUCAGAACAUGACUUUAUGUUAUUACUGGGGUAUUUUUACGGGGCUCACAAAUCUCCCACAACAAAAUCCUUGUGAUUUUUUCCCAAAGUACGUUUAUUAGGUGCGUACAGUUUCUAUUAUUAAAUUUCAAACAAAAAAAUCUUUUUGAAGAUGUCAUUACACUUAAAACAAGAAUACCAAUAUGCACGUGGUGCUACUCAUAUAUAUUUUCUCCAUUUAUUUAAGCAAGUUUUUAGAUUUCUUUUUGUUUAAACCUAACUCCAAGCAGAGAGUUAUUCUCAAAAUAUCAAAUAUCAUUGUUUCUGCUCUUUUAGUUUUUCACCAACGAAUAUUUGCACAACGCAAAAUAUACUUGUCUGAUGUGACUUUUUUUUUGUUUUCUUUGUUAUAAAAACUAAGCAUUUUGAAUCCUGUUUUUGUUGUAUAUGUUACUUUUACUUACAGCUUUUGUUCUGUAUAUUUCAUUUUUUUUUUUUAAAUUCUGUCUCCAGUUUUCUUUUGUUUCAAAUGUUAAAUAUGAAAGAGACAGGGUUUAUUCUUAAAACAAUUUUACAAAAAAAGAAGUAAAAUCAUCAUUUUAAAGGUUUUAUACAAUUUUGUCAAGGUUUGUUAAUGAAGUUCUGCUUAAAAUCGUAAUUAAGAUAUUGAGACACAAAGGUUGAAACUGAAAAUCCUUUGAAAUAUAUUAAUUAAAAACCAGUUAAUUAUGUAUCAUUUAAAGAAAUUCUCAACAUUCAUUUAAAAAUUGAAUAUCUUUUAAUAUUUUCUUUUGUGCUUAUUCAGUUCAUUAAAGCAAAGCAUUAAGUGUGUUCUCUUUCCUCCCACAAAAAUGCAUAAAUAUCAAGUAUUUCAGAUGAAACAAAUGUCAAUAAAUAUAAUUUAAAUAAUUCAAAAGUUUAAGUCUUUGUUUACAGACUUGAAUAAAUAACAUAAAAUACA